AAACAACCUCUUCUCUAAUUGUAUGACUUUCUAUAACCUUUCCUUCCUUUGGUUGAUCAAAUAGAAUUUAUGAUGAUGUCUUCAUCACCUGGCCUUGACAGACUUGACCAAAUCACCAUGGCAAGGCAUAUUCGCCGCCCGUAUUCCCGAUACUUGUCUUUCUUCAACAAAGCCAUCAUGACGAAGACUAGCUAAUGAGCAGCGCGCCCCCCCGGAGUCUGACCACAGGGCUGAAAACAAAAGUUUCCCCAAUCUAAAUAAGUGGCAGCUGAGCUGAACGCCAAUGCUGACGAAUGGACUCUGAUAUUGAGAGCACGCCUGUCAGAUGCCUCGAACCAAUAUAUAAGCACUAUUCCCGGUCGUGAUGAAUCUCCUUAGUCCCUAUAAUGGGGGCCCUCUAGCCCAUGGAACACAUUUCUUAUUGCGUAUUACUCCCAUUAACAUAUAUACAAUGACACGUCUCGAGCGCAGCUCCUACAAGCGGCUGAUAGUCUGCUGCGAUGGCACCUGGCAGGACUCGACAGCCGAUUCCGCCGACCCGCCGUCGAAUGUAACCCGGUUGAGUCGGACUCUCAGUCAAACUGCGAUCGUCGAAGAGAAUGGUGUUCGGAAAGAAGUCCCACAGAUUGUGUAUUACCAGAAAGGAGUUGGCACGGGCCUAGGAGACAAGUACAUGGGUGGGGUCACCGGCCUAGGCGUGAGCGCCAACGUCCGAGCGGCGUACGGCUUCCUAACCGACAACUACACCGAAGGCGACGAGAUCUUCUUCUUCGGGUUCUCACGGGGCGCAUAUACAGCGCGCGCGAUUGCCGGGCUCGUCUGUCGAUGGGGGCUGUUAACCCACCGGGGCAUGGACAACUUCACCAACGUGUACGACGACUUCUACGAGAAGCAAAUCCCCAUCUACACGCCGGAGGAACGACGCCGUCUAGGCUUCCGCGAAGAACUUCCACCCUUCACCGUCAAGAUCAUCGGAGUGUGGGACACAGUGGGCUUUCAAAAGGCCUGGCUCGGAAAGGACCUGGGCGAGCGCCUGGAACUGCGGAAUACCUACCUCCUUCCGAAUGUCAAAUAUGCCUUCCACGCCCUGGCGCUGGAUGAAGAGCGCACCGCCUACUCCCCGAUUCUCUGGCAUGUUCCGCAGCCGAACCCCGGCCAGGAACUUCUCCAAGUAUGGUUCUCCGGCGUGCACACCGAUGUAGGCGGCGGAGGCAAGGACCCUCACCUGGCGAACAUCUCCCUGGCGUGGAUGAUCGCCCAGUGUAUGAAGGACGGCCAGCUCAGCUUUGACAUCGACGAGUACCUCUUUGACGUCCCCCCGCGGAUGGUGGAGAGCGAUCUCACUCCGUGGGCCACCAGCCAAGGGAAAACCGACACGGCAAGUCUGGUCCGCACAUUGGAGGGUGUUCUUGGUGGUACCUCGCAUCGGACGCCGCUUGAAUACAACCCCAAGGGCGAGGAAGGUCACUUUACUGGGGAGUUCAUCCACGAGUCGAUCAAUGACCGCAAGUUGCGCGCUUGGAGCUGGCCUUGUGCUCCGUUGAUGGGCAAGCGGGAUAACGGUUCUUGGGCUUUGGCUGAUUCGAAGACUAUUUGGGAGGUUCGCGCCCUGGAAAGAGAAAGGUAUAUGAAGGGCAGAAUCCGCACCAUUCAUGUCGAGGAGGUGGACUAAGCUAUUUUGUUUUGAUGCAUGAAGUGUGGCAAAGAUCGAAGCAGAUGAUAUGGAGGUAUUUUGGCGUCAAUUUUGAGGGCGCGGGGUCCCCGUUCCAGGAAUUUUGCUAUUAUAUCGAUUUGGAUGCUGUUUGUACCAAU